AUGCAGAGGGACAUUCUGCGUAGAGGAAUCCUCCGUAGUACAAGCUGCAUGUUGCGGCGGGGCGCUCCGCUGGCAACGCGCAGUCCCAUUCGCCGCGUCGAGCGCCGUCCAUUCCGCGGUACGCCGGCGUUGCGCCGCCCAUCAUCGUCGUUUUCAGUGCCGUCGCUGGAGGCCUCGCUGGCGUGCGGUGAGCCGCACUCCAUCGUCGUGGCGUUUCUUCACGCCGCACAGCGUAGCGGGUACAGCGAGCUGCGGCGCGUUCUCUCCUGUGGCGCGUCGCGGGACGUUCUGCUGUGCGCUUGCGCCGCCGUGGCGACCCCGGCGGAGUCGUGGCCGACGUUUGUGGCGCAGCGGCUGCAGGUG